AUGAAUCUGGUCCCUACUCUGCUAGCCGAUACAUACUAUUCCAUUCACUCUCGAUAUGGGAAAGGAGGAGCCAUACGAAAUUGUUUGCCGUUGUUAUACACCUGGUUUAAGUCCCACCUACCUGCCAGUGAUCCUUUCGUUACUUCUACUCAAAAGUGGUCUCAAAGGAUCAUGGGGCUUACUGCAAACGACAUUGUCUGGUGUCAUAUCGGAAUGGGCAUAAAGGAAGUUAUAACUAGUUGUGGUACUUUUGACAACUUUCCCCUCAUAGGAACGAAAGGUGUUAUCAAUUAUAAUCCUAAGCUAGCACUACGUCAAUUGGGUUUUGCACUCGAAGACAAGCCUUUGGACAAAGAGAUAUUCGAAUCCGUUUUCUUUGAGAAGGGAACUGAUCCAAAGGGUCUAGAAAAAGUGAGGAGCGCCUGGAAUAGCAUCCAUACAGAUGAUCAGACUUCCCUAGGUAAGAAAAAUGUCGUUGCCAAACAAGCCUAUACAGAUUGGGUCGAAGAUAGAGUUAAAAAUCGUCUGUUGCCUUUCCCGAAGGUUAACCCAUUGUACGAACAACCAACUGAGGUUCUAACUGCCAUUGUGCCUGCUGAGAAUUACACCCAAAUGGAUAUGGAAAACACCCAAUUGCAUGAAAAGAGGUCAGAUGCGCAGCUAAAACAUCAUCUUGUGGACCAGAAAAGGGUUGAGUUGACACACGAAGCCAAAAUGCUGAAGGGAGGAUCUUCUAGAGUUCAAAAGAGGGCUAGAACGGAAAAAGGUGAAAGAGAUACUACUGUUGUUAUUGAGGAUCACCAGAAGAUCAUAAAAAGGGCCAUAAAAGAGGCAGAAGAGAAACUCAAGCGAGAGUAUAGAGAAGACCUGAAGGCUUAUAAACUCAAGAUAGAAAGGGAGGCUAGAGCUGAAGUGAAAAGUCUGAAAAAGAAACUAGAAUAG